UGCCAAGGAAACUUAGAGGGAGAGAGAGAGAGAGAGAGAGAGGAGAGGACGGGCGGGAUGAAGGAAGGGGGCGUGGCCUCGACCACAUGGACACGCCCCCCGGCUCUCGCUUUGGACUAAAUGUUGCCAAGGCCGCGGAAGGAGGAGGCUUGGCUGAGGCGGGGGCCUUGUCCGUGCCCGUCUCCUUCGCAGCGCCGGAGCCCCCACCGGAGGAGGAGGAGGAGGAGGAGGGAGCCGGAAGGGGAGCCCCCCCUCCUUCCGGGGAAGACGGAGAUGCAAAAGAGGACUCCCCAGGCCCCGCCCCCCAAGGCCUGGAAGAAGAAGGAGGCGGAGGAGGAGGAGGGGAGCCCUCCUUGGACCUCUCCUCACAGCUGCCCUGGGGGGGCCUGGAGCUCUCCCAGAGCCAGGAUCUCUUGGGAGAAAGCGGAGAAGGAGGAGGAAUAGGAAGCAAAGAGGAGGAGGAGGUGAGCCAGGGCCAGAAGGCAUCUGCCAGGGAGGAAGAUGGAGGCACCUGCCAGGAGACACAAGGCCUGCCAGGCCCCUCAGAAACCCCCAAAGCUGCCCAGGAGGUCAAGGACAGCAACAGCAAGGAGGAGGCGAAGGAGGAAGAGGCCCCCCAAAACUGUGCAGGUGGAGGAGGUGUGGCAGCAGAGGGUGAGGUGACAGGAUCGGGGAGAGGCUGCCCUGAGAGGUCGGGCUCCUUGCUGAGUGGCAUCCCCAACCUUCUGCCCCACCACAAAGAAGAAGAAGAAACACAUCGUCCCUCUUCUCUCAAAGCGCCCGAAGUGGACGGACCCCCUGACUGGCGGCCUCAGGAGGUGGAUCUUGCAUCCACACAAGAGGAUCUCUUUGGCCAGAGCCAGAGCGGCAGUAGCUGUGUUGGGUCUUUUGCGGAUGAAGCCGGCCCUCUCGCUCCUACUCCCGCUGAUUCGCUGCAGGUCCUUCACCUCUCUGGACAGGGACCGCCCUCUGGCUGUGUUUCAGGGCCUGCUUUGCCGUCUUGUGGCGCCUGGGGACACGUCCCUCUCAUCGUUCCACGAAGCCCAACGAGUUCCUGUACAGAAGCCGGGAAGCAGGAAGAGGACUCAGCGGAGGCACUACCCCAGGCCUCCAGCCCCCUGUCUCCUGCAUCCGUUCCCAUCCCAUCCCUGCCAGACUUUUCCCAUGACACCUUUCUUCCCACUCCAAGCUUGGAGCAGGGGCCCAAGGCAGAAGCGGAGAAAAGCGGCUCUGGUGUGGUUGCCUUGCCAGAAGCGCCUGAGGUGGGAGCCCAGCCCCCCUCCAGCCUGGUGGAAGGCCUCGUGCCGGAGCUUCCAGGUGAAGCCUGUGCUUUGGCCCUUUCUGGAAGCGAGUGCAGCCGGUCUGCUGAGCUGGAGGGCCAGAGUGUGAUGCUGCCAGAGGAAGGGGCUGAAGCGGCUUCCGGAGAGAAACCUGCCCCGGCCAUUGACCCCAGCCAGCAUCCGCAGGGCGCAGACAGUCAGAAUCUACUUUAUGGCCCUGCUGAAGACCCAUUCUCUGUCCAAGAUGGGGCUGGAGGGACUGCUGGGAAGCAGGGCUGCCUGGAGGACGCCUUCCUUCAGGAGGGAGGAGCCGUCCCAGAGGCGCCCCAGGAGGAGGAGCCACAGGAAGCUGUGCUUCAAAGCGAGGGGGGGUCUUCCCAAGAAGAACAGGCGACAGGACAAAAUGGACACUCUGCAGCGAGGGCAGAACCUAUGGACGUAGCCCCGGUGGCGUCUGGAGAGCCAGCUGCAGCGGACUCUGCAGAGGAGCCUCCCAGCCAGGCCCCCUUCCCCACCAGCCCUGGGACAGCGCUGCAGCUUCUUAGUUCCCAGAGCCCCCCACUUGAGUGGCCAGAGAGCCCGGGGCCCCUGGGCACGGAGCUUCCUACAGGUAGAGAGAAGAAGGCUUCAGAGGAAGGGGAGGGUGCCGUGCCACCCAGGACGGCCCAGGAAGAGCCAGAUAAAGCAAGGCCAGCAGACUGUUCGGUGCAGGGCAGCGAUGAGGUGCCAGCGGCCUUGCCGGGAAGCCAGCCAGACGCCAGCAGUAAGGAGAUCUCCACGAUAAGCCACCUGCUUGGGAAGCAGGAGGACGAGGCAGUGGCAGCAGGAGCAGCUGAGGAGGCUGGAGAGGGGCAGUGGGGCCAAGGAGCCCCCAAUCCCUCGGAUGGCCUGGCUGUUGAAGGCUCCUCCUUCCCAAAAGAAGGCUCUGCAUUUCCUCCUUUGGCAGGCUUCACUCCGCCCCUCAUUGGCCGGCUGAAGAGGAGUCCCCGGCACAGCACUCCCAAUGAGGUUGGGGGCUGCCCAGACAGCAGCAUCGCCACCAGCAACAUUACGGCUGAAAGUGCCCAUGCUGUGACCCUGGGGAGCCCUCUGGCCUCGGCAGAGAUGGAGGAGGAGAGCGGCCAAGGGGCAGCUGGACAGGGCGGCCAGGAGGCGGAGGAGGAGGCGGUGGCGGCCAAGGGGAAGCUGUCCCUGCAGAUGGGCCUGGGGACCCCGGUGGCCGAAGAGAGCGAGGGCUCCAUGCCCUUCAGCCUGGAGAAACCUGCUGCCGACAGAGAGAAGAAUGGGUCUCUCCCGGGAACUGUUUCCAGGGCUCAGAAGAUGCCUUCCGUCUUUGCUCGUGUCUAUGAAGCCCUGCAUGCCGGCCAGUCUCAAGGUCCAAAGCCGCCCAGCUCACCGUUCAGGGGAGACCUGUUCCAUUUCCCAAAUUCCCGGGAAGAGGAGGAGGAGAAGGAAGAGAAGGAGGAGCCCACCCCUGGAUCCAGGCAGAAGGCAGCGCGGCUGGAUCCCCGGCCUUGUGGGCAGGCGCUGCGUGAAGGCGGUCCAGCUGGAUGCACCGAGGAGGCGGCAGAAGAGUGCAUGGAGACGGAAGCUGUGGAGGCGCACGAGGGGGAGGCCGGGUGGAGGGAAGCAAAGGGGCCGGGCUCUGCCCCCCCUCCAAAAGGGAGCGAUCCCACCCACAGCCCCAGGCCUCCCGCCAGCAGUGGGGUCCGAGGCCCAGCAAGCAUUGUGUCUGUGGCCACGCAGACGGGGGCCUGCAGUCGGGCGGAAGUGGGCACCAGCAUGGCCCAGGUUUGGCCUGAAAUGCAGGAUGCGGAAGCGCAGACCGAAGAGGGGCGGAGGGGGACCCCCAGCAGGACACAGACGACGGAAGCGCCACUCAACCAGAACGACAAGGAAGACUUGGCUUCAUCCUGCCAGCCAAGAGUCCACGUCUUGCAGCGCCAUGUGCGGACCGUUCGCGAAGUGCGCACCGUUGUUACACGUGUCAUCACAGACGUCUACUACAAGGACGGGGCCGAAGUGGAGCGCAAAGUGGUUGAGGAGAGCGAGGAGCCCGUCGUAGAGCGCCAAGAGUCCGAGGCGGCCCUCUCUCCGUCCCGCACGGGGGGAUCCUCGCUGACCCCUGGAGACCUGGGGGACAUCAGCUCCUUUUCCUCCAAGUCCUCUGGGCCCCAGCAGGCCUCCAGCGGAGGGAGUGGGGCUUCUUCCUUCAUCAACAGUGGCAUCAUUGCGGGGCCCCACGACUCUGCCUUGCCAGCUGUCAGGAAGCCCAGCCCCAGGAAGGGGGGACUGCUGACCCAGCGGGACCACAGAGCAGCCGAAGGGCACCAGGAGGAGGAGGGCCUGGGCGGGAAUGCGAGGCCGGCACUCCGUGGGCAGGCGAGAAGGGCCCGCCCUGCGGCACGAACCACAGGAAAGAGGGGCAGCACAUCUGUGACAGAAAACCACUCUGUGCCUCCGGCCGAGGCGUCCCUCCACUGCCGCAGCAGCUCCCCCGAAAUCCCUCUGCAGGAGCUGCCCGCCCCCCCUUCGCCCUCCCCCUCCUCCCCCUCGAGAGACAGCCUGGUGGGCCUCCGGGUGGUGGCCAAGUGGUCCUCCAAUGGCUACUUCUACUCCGGCACCAUCACCCAGGACGUGGGGAGCACCAAGUACAAGCUGCUCUUUGACGACGGCUACGAGUGCGAGGUCCCGGGGCGGGACAUACUCCUCUGCGACCCCCUCCCCCUGGAGACCGAGGUGACGGCCCUCUCGGAGGACGAGUACUUCAGCGCCGGGGUGGUGAAGGGCCACCGGCAAGAGCUUGGGGAGCUCUUCUAUUGUGUGGAGAAGGAUGGGCAGCAGAAAUGGUACCGGCGGGCGGCCGUCAUCCUGUCCCUGGAGCAAGGGAACCGACUGCGGGAACAGUUUGGGCUGGGCCCCUUCGAGCCCCUCACCCCUUUGGCAAAAGCCGCCGACAUCAGCCUUGACAACCUUGUGGAGGGGAAGCGGAAGAGACGCAACAUGGGCUCCCCGGGCCCCUCCCUCCGGACGGGGCUUCUCCUCCGCAAGGCUCCAGACAGCCCCCAGUCACCCCAUCGGCUGCAGUCCAGCAAGAGGAAACUGAACACCUCCGAUGGGGAGCAGUCGCCUGCCAAGCGAGGGCGCAGGACAGCCCCCCCCACGACGACAGCGUCAGGGGCUGCUGGUGCCAAGGAGACGGGGAGCCCCCCUUGCAGCGGAGGGGACGCAGGAGCAGCUGAGGAACGGUGGGGGCCUCUGCCCCACAACAAGACCCUCUUCUUGGGCUACGCCUUCCUCUUGACAGUGGCCGGACCCACGGACAGACCCUCCAGCGGCCAGGCGCUUGCUGUGAGCUCCGGAGAGGAAGAAGAGUUACUGGUGACGACGCCAUACAAUCAAAGCUAUGUUGAGCUGCAGUUGAAGGCAGGAGGCGGCUUCAUCCUGGAGGACUUCAACGAAAGCCAGUGCAGCGCAGCCUACCAGUGCCUCCUGGUAGCAGACAAGCCCUGCCGCACACGGAAGUACCUCCUGUGCCUUGCCAGAGGGAUCCCGUGUGUCUCCCACGUCUGGGUCCACGACAGCUGCCACGCCAACCAGCUGCAGAACUACAAGGAUUAUUUGCUCCCUGCCGGGUACAGCCUCCUGGAACAGAGGAUGCUGGAGUGGCGGCCGCGGAAGGACCCCUUCCACAAACUGAAGGUGCUCCUGGUGUCGGAUGAACCGCAGGACUUUUUGGAAUUUUGGUCUGAGAUUCUCAUGACUGGAGGAGCCGCAUCUGUGAAGCAGCAGGCAUCGGCUACAUGGAGCAAAGACGUGGGCCUGGGCCUCUUUGACGUGCUGGUGACGGAUGACUCCUGCCCGGCGGCUAUUUUAACGUGUGCAGAGGCGCUGGCGCUGCCGGUGGUGUCCCAGGAGUGGGUGGCCCAGAGUCUCGUGGCCGGGGAGCCGGUGGGGUUCCAGCUCCUGGCCUUUGCGCCCCAAGGCCGCUCCAGCUGAAGAAGCUCCCUUGCGAUGGUUUUAACUUUUUGUGUCAAUUAAGCCCUUGUGCAUGAAGAUGACGUGCUUGUAUAUACUUUUGACUUCUGAACUUCCAUGAUGAUGGAAAAAAUAAAUACUGGCUUUCUUGUUGUUGUGGUA